AUGGACCACCCGACUGUGGAUUCGAGUUUACUGGCUAAUGACGAAACCGCAAGGGACCAAGUCAGCGAUGAGACUCGUAUGGGUUUACUCGAAAGGUGGCUAGAGAUCGUCAAUGAAUUCACAAAGCUGGAGAUCACUUACGAGCUCGAUAGACUACCUGCAAUCUCUGGCAUAGCAAGCUACUUCCAGACGAAGAUGAACUCUUCGUAUAAUGCUGGAAUCUGGCAGUACAACCUUGGACAUGGAUUGCUGUGGAGAAAGAUGCCAUAUCAAAUAAGCCGCCGCAUAGUUGGUAUGCCUGGCCAAUAUAUCCCUAGCUGGUCAUGGGCGUCUGUCGAAUUACUCUCGAGAAGAUCAUUCGGAAUGCACACUCGCAAGAAGGACCUCAUUAUUGAUGCGAGUUUUCAUUCGACGGGUCCGACAUUGUCAAGACACGAAGUUAAGUCGAUCAUUGGCGCCGAAGACGCUGCUCUUUCGGUACAGGGCUUGGCCAUAUUUUGCACCUUAACUCAUCAACAUGAAGUCACAUCAGACAUCUACCCAACUCAUCUCCUCAACUUCCGCGGAGAAACAGAAUAUGCGUACACAGACAUCACUUGUAAUGACAUGGCCCUGCAAGAAUCGAUUGAAGUGGCAUGUCUCUUGAUCGGUGAAACGCGCAACGAAUCUGUGAUGACUUGGGAUGACAGACACUCAGGCUCGUAUAUAAUACAGUUUGCCUUGAUACUUCAGUCAGAUUCAAAUGGAAUUUACACACGAGUUGGACUGUCUGAACAUGAUCGCCGAAAAGCUUGGUUUAUGGGCGCAGAGACAACAGCGUUCGAGAUUUUAUGA